AAAAAUUAGUCAAAAAUCUAUGACCGAUCAUCGCCAUUUUGCGCUGUUUUGUGGCUACUCGAAAAGUAGAUAAAACAAUGGUAGUUUGAGCUUAGAUAAUUAGAAAAUUUAGGACGCAAUUAGUGGUAGAAUACUGUGUAUACUUUGAUCAAUUGAUUUUUGUACGAUAAGGAGCUGCCCACGAUGGCGGUGGACGACAAGGCGUCGAGUAAGGAGCUGGACCAGUGGAUCGAACAGCUAAAUGACUGCAAGCAAUUAACGGAAAAUCAAGUGAAAACUUUAUGUGAUAAGGCAAAGGAGAUUCUGUCAAAAGAAUCCAAUGUGCAAGAAGUCAAAUGUCCAGUCACAGUAUGCGGUGAUGUACACGGUCAGUUCCAUGACCUCAUGGAACUGUUCAGGAUAGGGGGUCGUAGCCCGGACACAAAUUACCUAUUUAUGGGCGAUUAUGUCGACCGUGGUUACUACUCAGUUGAAACAGUAACACUAUUAGUUGCCCUCAAAGUCCGCUACAAGGAAAGAAUUACCAUCUUGAGGGGCAACCACGAAUCAAGGCAAAUUACACAAGUUUACGGCUUCUAUGAUGAAUGCUUGAGAAAAUACGGAAAUGCUAAUGUUUGGAAAUUCUUUACCGAUUUAUUUGACUAUUUACCACUAACUGCUCUAGUUGAUAGUCAAAUUUUCUGUUUGCACGGAGGAUUGAGCCCUAGCAUUGAUACCUUGGAUCAUAUCAGAGCUUUAGAUCGUCUACAAGAGGUGCCUCAUGAAGGCCCAAUGUGUGACCUGUUAUGGUCGGAUCCGGAUGAUCGAGGUGGAUGGGGAAUUAGUCCUAGAGGUGCUGGUUACACUUUUGGACAAGACAUCUCGGAAACGUUUAAUCAUUCUAAUGGACUGACACUAGUUUCCAGAGCUCAUCAGCUGGUUAUGGAGGGCUAUAAUUGGUGUCACGAUAGAAACGUUGUUACCAUCUUUAGCGCACCCAAUUACUGCUACAGAUGUGGAAAUCAAGCUGCCAUUAUGGAAUUGGAUGAUGCACUUAAAUAUUCUUUCUUACAAUUUGAUCCAGCUCCUAGACGCGGUGAGCCUCAUGUGACUCGUCGAACUCCUGAUUAUUUCUUGUAAUUUGUAAAUGUCAAUCUCUAUACAAAAAUUUUGCUUAGAUUAUUAUAUUAUUAAUUACUUAUUGUUUGUUAAGGUACAAGCAAAUGAAUACUAAAUGCGUGUAAAAUAUCAACGUAAAGGUGUAACUAUUAAAUAUUAUAUUUAAAAAAAAAACAAUACUUAAAAAUUUAGCAAAACAACAUGUAAAAUGUACUUUCCAAAUACAUAUAAUUUAAAAUGUGUAUUUUUGAGGAUUAAUUUCAGUGCGUGAUGGGACACUUAGACUUUUUUUUUUAUGAUUUUUUUUUUAGAAGACGAACAAGAAGGAUUUUUGCUUUCUGUGAUGCAAAAAUAUUUAUAUAAGCAUCAGGUUUAAAUUACAAUUAUUACAUAUUUAUUAAUCUCGAAAUAAUAAGCCUAUUACAGUUUUAUUCUUUCGCUGCUUUAUAUGAUAAUGUAGAGUUUUUAUUGAAAUUUCCCCAAAUGGUUUACCCCUCUGAGGGUUUACCUAUUCAAAAUGCUUAUGUAAAAUUACCAAAAUCUUAAUUUAGGUACUACAAAAACUGUUGUUUUUGUCUUAUUGUCUCAAAAGCUUAUGUUGAAAUUUUUUUUUGUUGGUCAAUAAACAAUAUUUCUAACAGGA